AUUAGAGUUCCUCUCCCUCUCUCUUCCGCGCAUACUUUUCUUUCUAACAAAUUUUCUCCGAUCAACCUCACCCAACAAGAAAAUUCUCAUCCAGCAAUCCAGCAUUAAUAAUGGGGUAUCCACAAACACCUUCCGUGCCUAUGAACAUGGAAUCCAUCUCGAAAGCAAGACCUGACAACAAUGGAGAUGCAAUUGUUGGUUCCUAUAGUGCAUGGCUGGAAAAGCAUCCUUCUGCCCUGGACUCUUUUGAACAAAUUACGAGCAUGGCUCAUGGGAAAAAGAUGGUCGUAUUUUUGGAUUACGAUGGAACACUCUCGCCGAUUGUAGACGACCCUGAUCGGGCUUUCAUGACUGAUGCGAUGCGUUCAGUAGUACGUGAAGUUGGUAAACGUUUCCCAACUGCAAUUGUCUCCGGAAGGUCUCGAGAUAAGGUAUUCGAAUUUGUAAAACUAAACAAUCUCUAUUAUGCUGGAAGCCACGGGAUGGAUAUAUCAACCCCAUCAGGUUCUCUCAAGUAUGGAAACCACAAGCAUCAAACUAGAGCCAUUGAUGAGAAGGGUAAUGACGUUGUUAACUUCCGCCCGGCACAAGAGUUCUUGCCUAAAAUUCAAGAGUUAAAGAAGGUGUUGCAAGAAAUAACCAUAAAUGUAAAGGGUGCCAUGGUUGAAGACAAUAAAUUCUGCAUCUCUGUGCACUUUCGGCAUGUGAAUGAGGAGGUUGUUGGCAUCCUUAAGGAGAUGGUGGAAUCCACAAUGGAAUCCUAUGAAGGCUUCCGUAUAUCUGAGGGGAAAAAGGUAAUGGAAAUCCGCCCUACUAUAGACUGGGAUAAAGGUCGUGCUUUGCAGUAUUUACUUGACAUUCUUGGUUUUGACAAUUCUAGCGAUGCCCUCCCUAUAUAUAUAGGAGAUGAUAUAACUGAUGAAGAUGCUUUUAAGAUGAUUAAGCGCAUUGGGAAAGGAUUUUCGGUGGUUGUUUCUUCUGCUCCAAAGGAGACGAAAGCCUCGUACUCUUUGCGUGACCCAACGGAGGUCAUGGCCUUCCUCGUACGUUUAGGAAAGUGGAAAGGGAGCAUAUAGGAAAAUAAUUAUAGGCUAUAUUGUCACAAUAUUGGAGCUAAUUUGCCAAUUAUUUUUGAGUCGGCAAAUUCUAGCAUCAAUUUCCUUAAUCAAAUGUAUGUAUCUUUUUAGGAGAUUGAUUAAUCAAUUGGGUAGCUAGAUCCUAACUUCUUA